CCGUGGGCAAUCAAUUAGCCAUCGCUUGAAUAUGCGUCUUCGAUGUGACGUUCAGCAGAAAUAAGCAGCUCAUAAAAAUCUCUGUGUAUGCAAACCCUCAUCACUCUCUCUGUAUAACUCUAGGUUCAGCUAUCCCCAAAAUCUCUGUACUGCUUCCAAUGGACGAAUCCGAUCACCGAAUGAUGGAAAUCGCGGACGGCGGCGUUCAACCGGAGGAGGAAAUCUCCGACUCCUUCCUCUGCUGCGUUUGCCUGGAUCUUCUGCACAAACCUAUAGUGCUCUCUUGUGGGCACAUUUCGUGUUUCUGGUGUGUGCAUAGAUCAAUGAGCAGUGAGCGCCAAUCUUAUUGUCCGCUUUGUAGGCAUCCGUAUAAUCACUUUCCGACGAUCUGUCAAAUGCUUCAUUUUUUGCUGCUCAAGAAGUAUCCUGUUGCCUAUAGGAGAAGGGAAUUGCAAAUUCUCGAGGAAGAGAAGAAACUUGGCUUCUUCUCACCGCAGUUUGAUACACAUUCAAGCAGCUCUGAAGCUAAUCAAUGCUCCAAUGUUCUGGCCAAUUCUGCUUGCAGAAGAUGUUGUGAAAAUGUGAAGAAAAUUGAGUCCAGCCCACGUAUUGAGAAUAGUACAGAUGUUCCUAAGGAAGCCCAUUGUGGUGUUUGUGAGGGAAUUGGGAAUGUUGCUGACGAAGAAAAGAAUUCCCUGUUAAAUAUGGAUUGUGGGAGUCGGAUCCGAUUUUCAGUUGCUGAUGUGCUAUGUGCCGCAUGCGAGCAACUAUUGUUUCAUCCUGUGGUUCUUAACUGUGGCCACGUAUAUUGUGAAAGUUGUAUUGUCAAUCCGGAUGAACAGAUGCUUACAUGUAAAGUUUGUCAAAGUUGUCACCCGUCAGGAUUUCCAAAAGUUUGUUUGGAGCUUGGCCGCUUUCUGGAGGAGCAAUUUCCUAAAGAAUAUGCCCUGAGAAGAGAUGCUGUGCAGUUUAAACAAGCAGAUCUCAAGCAUGAGAACCCAGCUGCCUGUACAACAAAAGAUGGUAACAAAGGAGAGAAGUUAUCAUGGUGGUCUGACCCUAACUCAAAGAUUCACCCAGGAUGUGGUUGUGAUUCUUGUGGGAUGUAUCCAAUCAUUGGCGAUAGAUACCAAUGCAUAGACUGUACCGAGAAAAUGGGAUUCGACCUUUGCAGCCAUUGUUAUAAUACAAGGUCCAAGCUUCCAGGUCGCUUCAAUCAACAGCAUACACCAGAACACAGGCUUGAGCAUGUACGCAUAGAAACGAUUCGUAAUCAGUUAAAACUAGUGACAGGACGCUUGGAUGAUCGUUCUCUUGCUCUUCUCAUCAGUAAUAUUACUUCACAAGCUUCAUCAGGACUUAUUUCUGCCGCCUUAUCUACCGUGGCUCGGGAGGAGGCCGAGAGUAGAUUAGCUGCCCAGGCUGCCGUCACUAAUACUGGAGAUGAACAAGAUGAUUCCCAACCCACUCUUUCAUUUGAAAACCAGUAACGCUGCUUCUUGAGCGCAGCUUUUAUAUAUGUUUUCUUAAAAUUCAGGUUCCUGGAAGUCAUGUUGAGCCCAGACCUGGUUAGUUUUCUUCUCUAAUUGCAUUUGUCGCCGGUGUGGUGAGGCCGAAUGCCUCCUAAUGUUGGAAAUGCUUUGCUUCUUCCGCAAGUUAAAUUUCGGUUUAGGGUUCAUAUCAAGGACUAUGAUGAUUGUACGUAAUUGAAACUUUGGUUGCUCUAGGAGUAUUCCUUCAUAUAUCAUUACUAGUGUAUAAUGUAUGUUUACAAAAUAACACUUCUUAGUCUACAUUGUACAAAUGAAUUAUUAUUUUAUUC